AUGUCGAACAAUGAAAAAAAGAAGUGCGGAAACGAGUUCUUCACAAUGUUGAACGAGGACUACAUCCAUGACAAGUUCAACCUGAUCUUCCUGGACACGGAAAACUAUCGCAGCACCCUCGAAGUGAUCCCCGACCUCAACUCCCGGUCAGGUUCCCAUGUUGGAAAUGAUCACGAUGUGGAUGCUAGCGCCGAGAAGCUCUGCAAACGGAUCCACGCCCGAUUCGAAUUGAUGCUCAAGAAAUUCCAGAGGGCCGUCUUUGCCCCCGUCUGCUGCCCCAUCUGCAACGAUGUCUGCAACCUGGACGGCGCUUUGCUUGGCACAAACUACUCCAUUGAGCUAUUCGCUCAAAGGCCAAGUUUGUGCCCAUAUCCCGAUGGUCUGUCCGAUUCCGGAGCCUUUUUUGUCUGA